AUGGCACCGCCAACAAUAUAUGGAGAACCAAAAAUCACACACGAUGAAAAAUCGGGCAGUGUUUAUUUGGACGUUAUUGUAACGGGUGCGGAUGCGGCCAAAACGAAGUGGUUCUUGGGUGAUCGUGAACUGGAAGCAACUGAAACAUAUAAAUUCUCAUCGAGUGACGAGGGUGGUAAACGAACAAAACUGAGAUGUGAAAUAGUGAAAUUCGAUAAGCCUUUAGCCGGAGAAUAUAAGGCCAAAUUCUACAGUGCGGAUGGUGAAAAUAGUGCAACUUUCACUGUACAAGCGGGAAAUGCUCCCGAAUUUCACGAUAAGCCGCAUAUAGUUCAGCGUGAAGGUGGAAAUGUGAUCGUCAUUAAAGUGCGUGCCAAGUCGCAUUUGGAAAUGAAAGCUGAGUGGUUCAAGGAUGAUAAGCCAGUCAAAUUUACCGACAGAGUCAAGGCGGUCGUGAAAAAAGACGAUAAGGACAAAGAAGGUUUCCAGUAUACACUCGAGAUAACUGGCCCGCAGAAGGAUGAUGAGGGCAAAUAUAAAUGCGUAGUGAAGAAUGCUGAGGGUCAAAACGAACAGUCACUCAAUUUGUGUUUUGAUUAA